AUGGGAGUCGAAGGAAUGACGGAAAAAGGAAAAGAACUAGUGGAAACCCCGCAACAAGCACAACAUUCGAUGCUCCCACCGUUCUCAAAUUCACAAAUUAUAUUUGGUGACGAGGAAAGUCAAGCACUAACACAACAGGUUUUGCCGGCUGCAAAUUCACUUCAGGCGUCAACGUCAAAUGUUUUAGUCAACUAUCCUAGUAAUGUAAUGCCAUGCUACUAUCCCAAUUUUUCGUACAAUGUUGGAACACAAUUGGGAAUUGUUGAGGGGACAUUGAGAUCGUCCGCAACGGGUGUUUUCCCUCUUGGUUUUCAUGGCUCAUUCCAACCAUUGCCUCCUCCAAGUGCCAUAGCAAGUUGGAUGUCAACUGCCACCCAUUCCAUUCCUCCGGGUGCUGGAGUUCCUUCUAGUCUUUUUGAUAAUCAAAGUUCUGGAAUGGCUUAUCAAGAUGCUGCAAGUGGUAUUGGAAUGGCCUUUGAAAAUGUGGGUUCAUCGAGGAGACCACCAUUUUGA